AGCUCUUGACAGCAAGACGAACAAGCACGAAUUCGGGCAACGCCUCCUUAUUCGGUGAUGAUGUGUACUUUGCCAACACUAGGCUGUCACUAGAUUUAGAGUUGGCACGAAAGGAUAGCAAGAACCAGGAAGCUUUAAAAUCUCAAGUCGCCGGCUCAGCUGUGACUGAAAAUCAAAAUGCUGACAAAGUUUGAGACGAAAUCAGCCAGGGUAAAGGGUCUAUCCUUCCACCCCAAGAGACCGUGGGUCCUUUCAAGUCUGCACAACGGUGUCAUCCAGUUAUGGGACUAUCGUAUGUGCACCCUGCUGGAGAAAUUCGACGAGCACGACGGCCCGGUGCGAGGCAUCUGCUUCCACAACCAGCAGCCGUUGUUUGUGUCCGGCGGCGACGACUACAAGAUCAAGGUGUGGAACUACAAGCAGAAGCGGUGCAUCUUCACCCUGCUGGGCCACCUCGACUACAUCCGCACCACCUUCUUCCACCACGAGUACCCGUGGAUUCUCAGCGCCUCCGACGACCAGACCAUCAGGAUCUGGAACUGGCAGAGCAGACAGUGCAUCUGCGUCCUCACUGGACACAACCACUACGUCAUGUGCGCCCAAUUCCACCCUACUGAGGAUAUCGUCGUGUCUGCGUCCCUCGAUCAGACUGUCCGCGUUUGGGACAUCUCAGGACUGAGGAAAAAGAAUGUUGCGCCCGGCCCUGGUGGGCUUGAAGAUCACCUGAAAAACCCUGGAUCGACCGAAAUUUUCGGUCAGGCUGAUGCGGUCGUAAAGCACGUGUUAGAAGGCCACGAUCGCGGCGUAAACUGGGCCAGUUUCCACCCGACGAUGCCGCUGAUUGUGUCUGGUGCUGACGACCGGCAAGUCAAAUUGUGGAGAAUGAAUGAGGCCAAGGCGUGGGAAGUGGACACGUGUCGCGGGCACUACAACAACGUGUCCUGCGUGCUGUUCCAUCCGCGUCAAGAGCUGAUCAUCUCGAACGCCGAGGACAAGAGUAUCCGAGUGUGGGACAUGACAAAACGCACCUGCCUCAACACCUUCCGCCGGGAGAACGAGCGCUUCUGGAUGCUGGUCGCUCACCCCACCCUGAACCUGUUUGCCGCCGGCCAUGACUGCGGCAUGGUCAUUUUCAAGCUGGAAAGAGAAAGACCAGCAUAUGCUGUGCACGGAAAUUUGCUCUAUUACAUUAAGGAGCGCUACUUGCGGAGACUCGACUUUACCACUUCCAAAGACAUUCCUCUCAUGAUGAUUAGAGGAGGUGGCAAGACCCUGGUGCACAGCAUGUCGUACAAUCCUGCUGAAAACUCGGUGCUGCUGAUAACAAGGACAGAGAACAUCGAGAACAGCGUUUACGAUUUAUACAUGGUGCCGAAGGACGUGGAUUCAAACUCGCCACCUGACAACGUGGAGAACAAGCGCUCCUCGGGCAUCACCGCCAUCUGGGUUGCUCGCAACAGAUUCGCCGUGCUCGACCGCACUCAUUCGGUCAUAAUUAAAAAUUUGAAGAAUGAAGUGACAAAGAAGGUGACCACGCCAAACUGCGAAGAAAUUUUCUACGCCGGCACCGGCAUGCUGUUGCUGAGAGACCCUGACGGCGUCACUCUCUUCGACGUCCAGCAAAAGAGGAGCCUCGCCUCUGUAAAGAUGGCGCAGUGCAGAUACGUCGUGUGGUCGUCGGACAUGUCGCACGUCGCCCUGCUGGCCAAACACACCGUCACCAUUUGCAACAAGCGCCUGGAAACGCUUUGCACGGUCAGGGAAAACACGCGCGUCAAGUCAGGAGCUUGGGACGACUGCGGCGUCUUUGUCUACACCACCAGCAACCACAUAAAGUACUGCAUCACCAACGGGGACUACGGGAUUAUCCGCACUUUGGACCUUCCGAUCUACAUCACCAAGAUCAGAGGCAACCAAGUGUUCUGCCUCGACAGGGAGUGCAGACCUCGCAUCCUCAACAUUGAUCCUACUGAAUAUAAGUUCAAGCUUGCCUUGAUCAACCGCAAAUAUGAAGAGGUGCUGCACAUGGUGCGAAACGCCCGGCUGGUCGGCCAGAGCAUCAUCGCCUACCUGCAGCAGAAGGGCUACCCUGAGGUGGCCCUGCACUUCGUCAAGGACGAGAAGACCCGCUUUGGUUUGGCCCUCGAGUGCGGCAACAUCGAAGUGGCUCUGGAAGCCGCUCGUGCGCUGGACGACAAGGCGUGCUGGGAGCAGUUGGGACAGGCGGCCCUGAUGCAGGGCAACCACCAGGUCGUGGAGAUGUGCUACCAGAGGACCAAGAGCUUCGACAAGCUUUCCUUCCUCUACCUCAUCACGGGCAAUCUGGAAAAGCUGAGGAAGAUGAACAACAUUGCUGAAAUCCGCAAGGACACCUCUGGACAGUUCCAGGGAUCGUUGAUGCUCGGGGACGUCCAGGAAAGGGUCAAAAUUCUCAAGAACUGCGGCCAGUUGUCGCUGGCCUACCUGACCGCGAGGACCCACAACCUGAACGAGGAGGCUGACGCCAUCAAGCAGAUGGUCGAUCCUGAGAAGGUGCAGCUGCCUGAGCCAAAUGCGAAUGCGACCUGCUUCCGACCACCGAUUCCCGUGAUGCAGGCUGAAACCAACUGGCCACUGCUCACUGUGUCCAAGAGCUUCUUCGAAGGUGCCAUGGCCAGCAGGAACAAGCGCAACGUCCACAUGGCUUUGGCUGCAGUUGAGGAGCCUGGCGAUGCGGCUAUUGAAGUUGACGCGGGUGGUUGGGGAGACGACGCUGAUCUGCGGCUCGACGACGAUGGAGAAGUCAAAGAUGACUUUGGUGAUGACGAAAUUAUCGGCUCUGACGGAGAUGGUGGAUGGGAUCUGGGCGGCGACGACUUGGAACUGCCCCCUGAAGAGCCAAGCGCACACGCAGCAGGAGAAGCAGACUACUUUUCCCCUCCAACAAAGGGAAUGGCGCCAACCAUGGCCUGGGUCAACUCCUCGCCUUUGGUCGUGGAUCAUGUUGUUGCUGGAUCUUUCGCCACUGCAUUUAAAUUGCUUCAAGCACAGCUUGGAGUGGUCAACUUUGAACCGUACAGACAGCUUUUCAUGAGCACCUACAGCCGGAGCAAGACUUCAUUCGCCGCUCUGCCUUUGCUACCUGCCCUGUUGGCGUAUCCCCAAAGAAGUUACAAAGGUCCCAAUCCUAAUGGGCGACUACCGGCUGUUGGAUUGAAACUCUCAGUCUUGGUCCAAAGGCUACAGAACUGCUACCAGUUGACAACAAAUGCAAAGUUCCAAGAGGCGGUUAAAAACCUGCGUGCACUUCUGCUCAGUAUUCCCCUGCUCGUGGUGGAGAACAGACAGGAAAUCAGCGAGGCGAAUCAGCUGCUGAAGAUUUGCCGCGACUACAUCCUCGGCCUCAAUCUGGAGCUGAUCAGGAAGGAAUUGCCGGCCUGGAGCACUGCAACACCCGAGGAUAAGAGGAGGAGCUGCGAAAUGGCCGCCUACUUCACGCACUGCAACCUGCAGCAGGUGCAUUUGAAACUGACCCUGAGGACGGCGCUCAACCUGUUCUACAAGCUUGGAAAUUUCAAGACUGCCGCCUCGUUCGCGCACCGCCUGCUCGAGCUCGGCCCCGCGCCAGAUGUGGCGGCCACAGUCAGGAAAAUUCUUCAAGUGUGUGACAAGACGCCAACAGACGAGCAUGAGCUGGAGUACGACCAGCACAAUCCAUUCCAGCUUUGUGGCUACUCACACAAGCCCAUCUACCAAGGCACGCCAGAGGUCGUCUGUCCACUCUGCCACGCUAGUUACUUCCCCCAGUUUGCUGGCCGUGUUUGCACGGUGUGCAUGGUGGCCGAGAUCGGCAGAGACGCCUCUGGCCUGAAAAUCAGCAUGUUGCAGACCGGUCCGUCGGCAUUCAAAUAAUAUUUUUAAUGCGUUUUUAGCAUUUAAGGAGAUUGUGAAGCAUCGUUUGUAAUUAAAUAUUAUUCCUACUGUUUCUGUUUAAUAAAUAUACGAGAUAAAAUCUAAA